AUGUCACAGAGUGAUAAAAUUGUGGAAAAUGCCAUGUCUCCGUUGGCCGACUAUGGUUAUCAGAAAGGGAAGAAGGUUCAUAAUGGACUGAUCCUUAGAAACACAAUUUCUCAUCCUCCCCAUCCCGUCCUCCACGAGGAUCAUCUAGGACACAGGCGAGUCCAAAGGGAAAUCCCGCCCCCCCCGCCCCAAAGCCAGCCGAACGCGCCAAACCAAACCAAAGGAGAGCCGCGCGGUGGGCGCCGCCGGCCCCCCGCGCACCGCCGCUCGGGGCAGCCCCGCGCAGGGCAGCCCGUCGAAGCCCCGGCCGAGCGCCCGCCUGCCGAGGUUCUGCCCGCCCCGCCGGCCGCAGCGCGCCCGUUCCCCGGCGGCGCCGUCCCCGGGCGGCGGGCGGCCGGGCCGGAGGCGCCGGAGGGGCAGAGGCCCCCGCGUGGCGGCGGCGUCGGGGGCCCAGCCGGCCGGAGCCCGGCGGGGACGCGCCCCUUGGGGACCCGGGAGCGACCCGGCCCGGCGGGCGGCCCCCCACCCCCGAGCGCCCCUCCCGAGCCCUCCCCGGCCGCGGGCGCCCUCCCCUUACCUGGCCCGCGGCGGCGGUGGCGGCGGGCGCGGGGCCGGGAGCCGCUCCGGCAGCGGCGGCAGCAGCGGCGGCUGCCCUGUGGAUCGCAGCGGCUGCGGCUGCUCGGUUCCAGGCUGUGCGGGCUCAUCCCGUGCCAGCGACCUGCCGCGCACUACGGACCGUGGCAGGGCCCUCCCCAGAAGAGAGUGGCGAGGCUGACCUUGGCACCUGCGUCCCUUCUUAAGGAAAUUCUUGGAGAGGGAGGAAAAGUACUAGCAGACCCACGGUAG